UCAGCGCGAUGGGGAAAUGGACUCAACGCGUACCAUUUCCGAACUGAAGUCCUCCUUCAUCCGGGCGCAGGUGCGUAUCCUGUCCGAAAGCCUUGAUGCACCCGAGGAUUGGAGAAGCUAUGCCGCUGCCUCGGAGGAGGAUGACCUGAGCGAUAAGGUGGUCAGCGAUGUCCUACAGAAAUUAAAUAGCGCAUUGAAGCAGCAUAAUCGCAUAGUAUACUCCUCCCAAGCAAUCCAACAUGUCGCACAGCAAGUUGCCAGCCUCUAUUGGACGUCCGUGAACGAUGCGAUACGUGACCAGAAUUCAUUCGAGAGAGGCAUCGAGAAGACGGUUGAUUUGUCUAACCACUUGAACCUUACACAGCUCCCCGUGGAACUCGAGGACCAGUCCGCAACCGAGGAAGAACGUCUCAGGUAUCAGAGGUUACGAGAACGCCUGGUCACUCUCGACAACCAGCGACAGCAGCGACGACGGCGUCUGGAACAGCUACGCCGGUUACAACACCUGUUAAAACCGUUUCAGGAACCGCAGCAAAAUAUUCAGCCGAACCUUAUUACUCGGGAUGGUGAGUUAGUGCAGGAAUUAGAGAAGAUGAGGAUGCUCGUUGCGAGGGUGGGAGGUCGCAUCCAGCAUAGCAAGAAGCGCGGUGAUAGUCAAGAAGAUCCGGCUUCGUACCGAUUGGACUCGGACCAAAGGCUGGAAGCCCUCCUUGAUAUGACUGGAUAAGGAAUGUGAUUGAACAUGAUAAAAC